CGCGCACCCGUCUGACUCCACCAGCUCCUUAUUCAUCGGUCCACCCGUGAACCAUGAUGUGACCAUGACACACAGAGCCGCCUGAAGACAGAAAAGACAACAACAUUCUCCUUCUCCGUGUCGUUUCGUGCAGUUAUGUCUAAAACGCGCUGCCUCCUCUCGCCAUGCCAGAUCUUUCGGGGUGCCUGCUGCUCGCCGCGGUGCUGAUUUUUUCCGAGGAUGGGUGCGUGAGGAGAGCGGAGGGUGGGGUGCUCUCCCACGGCCUCGCCUCGCUGUCGGAGGAGGACAAUGGCAGCAACUCACAGCCGGCCCCGCUCACGGCACAGACGGAUGCGACUGUGCCUACAUCAGAGCCGCUUCUGACACUCAAGGUUUGGGUGAAGGAUGCGUCUAGCCAGAGGUUCCUGAAAGGAGCUCUGGUGGGUGUGUUUGUGAAUGGAUCUCAGAUUCAUUCCAGCCAGACGCUGGAGAAUGGAGAGGUCACUGUCACUGUCCCGUACCACCUUGGCCUGACCCUCACUCUGGUGGCCAGCAUGGAGGGUUAUGUACUCACCCAGUUGCCUUGGAAAACCACCAAGAUGCCCAUUUUAUCUGUCAUUACGAUGUCCCUGCAUCCUCAAACACAAGGGAACGUCUGGGUCUUUGAAGAUUCUGUGCUGAUAACGCAAAAAACAUCUGAUGUGUCAUUUCAGCCAAGUGUCCAGUUUCCCAAAAGUCUCCUCAAACUAUCCGAGAACACCAACAUCUCAAUGCUGUCAGCGUAUCUAACAUCUCCAGCCCUGUCUGCAGAAAAAGAUGCAAAUUUCUAUACUUUAAGCCUGAGCAGUAAAGGAGGCUGUAGGAAUGUCAAGUUGAGCCCCUUGGUUAUGAUCAGUACCCAACUAGUGUCUAAUGGAAAUGAGAUUGAAAUCAGAGGACCCAUUCAGCUCACAGUACCACUUCCCUACCACACCCGCUUACGGCCCUCAGACUCACUUCCUGGGUGGAACUUCAACAUGACUACAGGCACCUGGGUGAAUAAAGGUGUAGGCAUAGUUCGGAUGGAGAAAAAUGGCCUGGUCUGGACUUAUGUAGCACCUCAUCUUGGCAACUGGAUUGCUGCCCCAUCACCUUCCUCAGGUUAUAUGGGGCAUGCAAGCUCAAUGGAUUUCAUUUCCUACCACACAUACCUACUUGUGGGUGUCUUGGGAGGAACUCUUGUGAUAGUCAUUGGAUUUUUAUCUGUGAUUGUAUUUCAUUGCAGAGCUUUAAACCAUGAGGCAGGAAGAAAGCGAUGGAAUUCCACCAGGCUCACAGUACUGAAGAAAGACCAGACCACGUCAACCAACUCCGAUGAGGCUCAAGAACAUUUCUUUCGUAAUGGUGACCGAUCUUAUUCACUGGCUGCAAGAAGCCAUGAAGCAUCGGACUCUCCAAGGCACCAAGCCAGUUUUAACAUUUAUGUGGAAAAUGUUGCUCAGCCUGUGGGCAAUCUGUAUGAGAACAUUGGAGCUGUGGGAUUAGAAAGCCUUAGAGCCCCAGUGACGAAUCUUUAUGUUAAUAGUGAUGAAGUGGCAAAGCUUCGAGAGAAAUGGGAACAGAAUGCCUCACGUCAUGGCGGUGCAGAGAAUGCCGUUUUCAAAGACAAGCUGUUCCAUAUCUAUAACCAGCCUAUGGCUAUUGUACAAGGCCCAGAGCUCUUUAAUUCCCAGGGACAGACCGACCCUUCUGGAAGCAGAUCUGCCACUUUCCCACGGAAUGGCAUGGAGCACGGAGCUCAGACAGAGCGGACCUUGAAAGACAGUUUCACCCAGACGUUACCCAAAAUCCCCCAGCAGGACAGCGAUGAGCAGCAGGCUCUGGAAGGAGCGCAGGCUUCCGCCAUUAACCCAGGCCUAUGGGGCCGCUACAGUCAUCUCCUGGAAUCCGUGUCUGUUCCGGGAACUUUGAAUGAAGCCGCUAGGAUGGGGCCUUUCCGAGGGGAACUCCAGGGAAUAUCGGAGCAAACCUUGCUGGAGCUUACCAAGGGCAAGCCCUCCAUUCACCCACCCCGUGCCUGGUUUGUGUCUCUAGAGGGUAAACCAGUGGCCCAAGUUCGUCACUCUGUAAUCGAACUUCAGGGAAGACAUCGUCCAGGCAGCAGCAACGACACGAGCUUGGAUUCUGGAGUGGACAUGAAUGAGCUGCAGCAGCCUCUGCAGAAAAGCGAGGAGCCCUCGAGCGCUAGCAUGGCUAAAAUAAGCGGAAAUCAGGAGCAGGACUUGAGCAGCAGUGAAAUUGGGAGUCCCGAGGAUAUGUCCCUUAGGAACACCCUGGAGGGCAGCAGUGCAGCCAUUCCCAAUAUCCCAGAGGACAGGGAUGCUGGGGACACCUCCAGCGAAUCCAAAUCUACCCCUCCACCAAGGAGGCUGCGAAAGGUUCGAGAGAAGAAGCCAGAGAAGAAGCCUUCUCUGCACUUGAGGGAGGAGAGACCACCAACGAAACACUAGCUGAAUAACCUGUGUGUAACUGUAGAUUUUUGGUGUCUGAAAAAUGGUUUUGAUCAAAUUGCCUUAUUAUAUAAACAUCAGGAACAAUGGUUCAAAUUAAAAAAGCCUGUCUUGUCCUGCCGUAGCUCAAAGUUAUUCUUGUGGCAACUCUAAGUUGACUGUAUCCAGCAUUUUUGCAGUUCAUUUGUACACAAUUUCAAACCGCAUUAUAUAAUGUGUUUUUACAAACUUCUUGAAAAACAUAUUUGUUUACCGUCAAAAGUUAAUUGUAAAAAUAUAUAUACUGUAGCUACGUAUCUGCUACCCUGAGAGCACAAUGCUUGCACCCACAAUACUCUUUUAGUGCUCGUGAUGAGUCACAGCAGUUUAAAUGUGAUCAGCUUGGGUCGCUUCUGUUUCUGGAAAUCAGUUUCUGUUCUUCAGUUCAGAUAACACAUUGGGACUGCCACAGACUGCCAUGAAUAAAAUACAACGAUAGAAUACAAUUGUGAAAAACUAAGCACUGUUAUAAAAUAAACCUAAGCACUCUAUAUGCUCCAAUGCACCAGUGUGUUUCACGGACACGGGGCUUUCUGGGGUACUUUGAGGGAGCAACUGAGGCCUUUAAGGUCAUAUGCUUUUUCUGACGCACUGUACUUAUUUAAUAUAUUAUUGCUAGUCAUGUUUGCAUGUCUUCCAUUGUGAUACUUUAACCAUUCAAUGUUUUCAUCUGUAAGAAUGUAGUACCUAUAAACAUUGAAGAUAUGUCUCAGGUUAUGUCUUACAUUACAAGGCCAUGAUCCUAGCAUAUUAAGAUGUUUCUUGUGCUAAUGUGUUUAGUGUAAAAUAUUUCUUCACGACAACAAUCAUUAUUAACUCAUGCGCUGAAUCCUUUGUAGCUUCAUUAUUUUUGACAGUUUAUGUACUGUGUAUUGGUUAUUAACAGUUCCAACGUUAAGACUAGUUUGUUGUCAGGCAGCAAUUAUAAACGAAAUAAAUCGAAUUUAAGAGUUUCACAUUUUACAAUGAUGUAUGACUGAGAAAGUGAGAUUUUGUGUCAAUUGAAUGUUUUUAAAGGACUUUAUGUUAUACUGUAGCAUUUAUUAUUUAUGGUUACUUAUAAUAUUUUUUAAUGACUUCUCAACACACUGGUUUAAAUGGCUUGUGAGCCACUUCCUGAAUGCUUUACAAUACAGCUUGUAAUCUGCCUUUUUGUGCACAUUUAAUAAAAGGUACUUAACCAAAAAUAAAGUUUUAUUCACC